UUCUUUGCAGUUUUGGCCAUACUGACAUUGUUGGGGGUCCUUAAUGGUUUGGUGCUUCUUCCGGUACUGCUUUCCCUCAUGGGCCCCCCAGCUGAGGUCGUACCCGCUAACAAUGGCAAUCAUUUGCAAAGUCCCUUUCCUGAGCCCAUGCCUCCUCCUAUGAACCACCACGGGUAUUACGCUGGGUACAUCCCCAAGGGACCACGUCAGGCAUUCUCCGAGACCUCUGAUUCCGAAUACUAUUCUGAAACCACAGCCACCUCUGGCAUCGGUGAGGAGGAGUACAAGUACUGUGACAGGAGCGCAUACAUCACGUCUCCAGCUCAACCGCCAACCUCUCAUAUCCUGCUUGAAGCCAGCAAGAACCCCAGCUUCCCAAAGCUCACAGUGGUGAAACCUUUUAACGAAAACAGCUCUAAAGGACAGAACAGUGAGUCCAAGCAGAAUGCAGCCAACUCGGUCAGUUCACAGAUCACACGGUGGGACAAAAAGCAUGAGUAUCAAGGACAGAGGCGACAACAUUUACCUAGCGACAGGACCCACUGUCCUCGCAGGACUACUCAGUGUGGCCCAGGGCCACAACCAGGGAGAGGGCAGCAGCAAAACAGGACUACAGCCCCAGCCCACAACCCUGGGGCAUUGCAGCGCCCUAACAAUGCAAUCACCAUGGUUACAGCAACAGCCUCUGUGACAGUGGCAGUGCACCCCAGUUUGCCGGGGUCGUACCAGGGUUACAUGCACAAGGGGUUUGAGGAUAACGAGUCAGACUCUUUUGACGACUCUAAGAGGACUUCUCAAAUGUAUGGGAAGGCUACACAUUAUAAGAGGGACUCUUUGGAACUUCAAGAUCUGGAAUCAAGAGAAAAACCAGCAUCAAGCUAACCAGGCACUAGGUGGUACAUGGAUCCAAGCAGCCAAAGAUUGCUAGACUGCUCCCAGCCCCCACAUCCCUUUGUCUGGAAUCUCUGGCUGUUUUGGGAAGUUCCCAACCCCAGCCCGGUGUCUUUUAUCUCUUUGAACUGUACGUAG